AUGCGCAUCGUGUCGUUCAACGUCAACGGGCUGCGCGCGCGAGUGCAGCAGCACGGCUCGCUCGGCGCGCUGCUCUCCGCGCUCGACGCUGACGUCGUGUGCUUGCAGGAGACGAAGCUAGCGCGGCAGGACGUGACAGAGGACGUGGCCAUCACGCCCGGCUACGAGGCCUUCUUCUCCUUCAACCGCGCCCCCUCCCGCGGCCGCCUCGCCUACUCUGGUCUCUUUCCUCUCCUUCUCUUCUCUUCUUCUCGCCUGCCCGCUCUGCAACCGCUCCCACAACACCCCGUCGUUCUGAGCACGUGUGUGCAUGCAGGCGUGCUGUGCUUGAAAGAGGGCCGAGCACCUCUGAAGCAACAGGGAGAGUGGUGA